AUGGGUUCCAUACAAGAUUCACAACAGACAUUGGCAAUCCGUGAUGCCAGCGGCAAAUUCAUGUCGGCUUUAGACGCGUACGAGCAGGUGACGAAGAAGUAUGGUGGUAGUGAAGAAGUUGCCCAUAAGGGCGAAAUUGCAGUUGCACGCCAUGCCAUGACCAAUGACGGUAUCAAACUUCUUCAGGAAAUCCGUGGACCCAUUGAUAGUGUUUAUGGAUUUUUCGAAAUGGGCUCCCAAGCAUCGGCUAUUCGCUGCCUUAUUGCGAUGGGGGCCUUUGACAGAAUUCCCACUGAAGGAAGCAUCACAAUAUCCAAGCUCGCAGCCGAGCUUAGUGCUGACCCGAAACUGCUCGCUCGUUUGAUGAGGAUUGUCAGCGUUACCGGUCCCUUCCAGCAAGUGCAGGAGGAUGAGUAUGCCCAUACUCCUUUCUCCAAGGCUUAUCUGAUCCCAGAAGUCCGAGGAAUGUAUACUCUGAUAUUUGAUGAUAUGUACCCCCCAUGGAACAAAAUGCACGAGUUUCUUGCCUCUCGCGGUUGGAAGAGUGAUGGAGAGGAGAGGGAUAAUGCGUACACGUAUGCGCACCAAACCGGCGGCAAGUCCAUCUGGGAGCAUCUGAAGCAGUAUCCAGAACGUGUGAAAGCUCUGAACCUUGGUAUGGGAGCACAGACUGCUACAACUAUGUGGUCCGUGGAUAUAGUCGAUUUCAAGGCUCUCUUAGCACCGAAGAAUACAGAUAAAGAUGACGUAUUGGUCGUCGAUAUCGGAGGUGGGAAGGGACACUGCCUCAAAAGGAUUAAUAACGCUAUCCCAGACAUUGACGGCCGCCUGGUCUUACAAGAUCGCCUUGAGGUGAUUAGCGAUACCUACGACUUGGAUCCGACGCGUUUUGAGAAAUAUGAGUACAACUUCUUUGAUCCACAGCCUAUCAAGGGCAAGUACAUUUCUGUCGGCUCAAGGGCGCAUAUAUACUACAUCCGUCGCGUAUUACAUGACUGGCCAGAUCAUCUUUGCGUCGGCAUCUUGAAGAACAUUGCAAAUGCUAUGGAGCCGGGAAAGUCGCGCUUGGUCAUCGCUGAGAUUGUGGUGCCCCCUACGGGAGGCGAUUCAGAGACCGGGUGGAUGGAUUUAGUUCUGAUGACAGUCACGGGUGUCGAGCGCAGCGCUAAAGACUGGGAAGAAUUACUCAAUGCGGCAGGUCUCAAGCUUGAGAAGAUCUAUACUUCCCCUGGCACCAACCACGGUGCUGUCCAAGCCGUGCUUGCAUGA